AUAGAAAUGGCUAGGCUUCGAAGUAGCAAGCGUAAUUCUUCCUCUAGAUCAUACACAUCAACACUAACCACCAUAGCCUUCAUAGCAUUGUGUGCUAUAGGUGUUUGGAUGCUAACUUCAAACCCACAGGUUACUCCACAAACCACAACUCACGUCGCCAAACCAGUCAUUACCACCACCACUGACAUUGCCGCCGACGCGGAUGUUUCAAUCUCCAAUGAGGUAGAACACACUGAAUCCAGGAGCAAAAAGGACACCCAUGUUUAUGAAGACAAUCCAGGAGAUCUUCCCGAUGAUGCUAUCAAAUCCGACGAGCUUAAAAGCAAUGAUGACAGUGACAAUAAAGAAGAAAGUAACUACGGGAAACAGGAAACGGAUGGUGGUGAUAGUAAGGCUGAUCAAGAGAGCUCAUCACAGGAUUUAAAGGGAGAAGGAUCUGGUGAGGAGCAGCAGAAACAGGAGGAAAGACAGAAUCAGAUAUCUGAAGAAAGUUCACACACUCAAAAUCGACAAGCUGAUCAAACCAGCCAAGAAAGUUCUCAAUCUGAAGGUAGCCAGGAAGCAAGUGUCAAUCAAGAACAAGAAACAAAUGCCAGCCAAGAAGAAAAAACGAAUGACAAUCAAGAACAAGAGCAAAGUACAGUAUCUGAAACUGAUGAUAGUAAUUCACAUGAUUCUAUAAAUAAGAAUGAAGAACAAGAUCAAGCACAACAGCAACAGCAACAGCAACAAGAAGAUGUCGAAAACAGUAGUAAGGAUUUACAGGAUUCUCAGAACCAAGAAUCAAAAGAAGACCAACAACAAGGUUCUGGACUCGAUGAAAACAAUCAAGAAUCUGAUCACAAUGAGAAAACAUAUGAAGAGCAACAACAAGAGCAAAGAAUAGAAGAUACUGGAGGUCAGAAUUCUUCUCAAGAAUCCCAAAAAGAGGUAUCUGAAGAAGAUAAAAAACAAAGAAUACAACAGCAGCAGCAGCAACAACAAAAACAAGAUGUUGAAGAUAGUAGUAAGGAUUUACAGGAUUCUCAGAACCAAGAAUCGAAAGAAGACGAGCAACAACAAGGUUCUGGACUCAAUGAAAACAAUCAAGAAUCGAAUCAAAAUGAAAAACCAUUUGAAGACCAACAACAACAAGAUAGUACUGUAAUCAAUGAAAGCAAUCAAGAAUCUGAUCAAAAUGAGAAAACUUAUGAUGAGCAACAACAAGAGCAAAGACAAGAGGAUACUGAGGUUCAUGAUUCUUCUCAAGAAUCCCAAAAUGAGGUAUCUGAAGAAGAUCAAAAACAAAGAAUACAACAGCAGCAGCAGCAGCAACAGCAUCAACAAACACAUGAUCAAGAAACCGAACAAGAAUCUCAGGUGGAUAGCAACACAAACCAAGAAACCAAGCAGGAAUCAAGCUCGGGCGAGUCAGCAUUUCCAGGUGGCGGGAACCCAGGAAUACCAAAAGAAUCAAAGGAGUCAUGGUCAACUCAAGCAGCAGAGUCAGAGAAUCAAAAGGAGAGAAGGAAGGAGGAAUCAGACGGUAAUGACAGCAUGUAUGGGUACACUUGGCAGCUCUGUAAUGUCACUGCAGGUCCUGAUUAUAUACCUUGUUUAGAUAAUGAAAAGGCCUUAAGACAACUACAUACAACCGGACACUUUGAACAUAGAGAGAGGCAUUGUCCUGAGCUUGGACCCACUUGUUUGGUUCCACUUCCUCAAGGUUACAAAAGACCCAUCACAUGGCCUCAAAGUAGAGACAAGAUAUGGUAUCACAAUGUACCUCAUCCAAAAUUGGCAGAGGUCAAAGGUCAUCAAAAUUGGGUUAAGGUUACUGGUGAGUUCUUGACCUUCCCUGGUGGUGGAACUCAGUUCAUACAUGGAGCUCUUCACUAUAUUGAUUUUGUUCAACAGGCUGUGCCCAAAAUUAAAUGGGGAAAGCACACUAGAGUGAUACUGGAUGUUGGGUGUGGAGUUGCAAGCUUUGGUGGUUAUAAUUUUGAAAGGGAUGUUCUUACAAUGUCUUUUGCACCCAAAGAUGAACAUGAAGCUCAAGUCCAAUUUGCCCUUGAAAGAGGAAUACCUGCAAUAUCUGCUGUCAUGGGUUCCCAGCGUCUCCCGUUCCCUAGUAGGGUCUUUGAUCUCAUCCACUGUGCGCGUUGUCGAGUCCCUUGGCAUGCAGAAGGUGGCAAGCUACUUUUAGAAUUGAAUCGCCUUCUCCGGCCUGGAGGUUAUUUUGUCUGGUCAGCAACUCCUGUUUACCAAAAGCUUCAGGAAGAUGUGGAGAUAUGGCAAGCUAUGUCUGCGUUGACGGUAUCUAUGUGUUGGGAGCUUGUGACUAUCAAGAAAGAUAAACUUAACGGUAUCGGUGCUGCCAUCUACAGAAAACCUACCACAAAUAAUUGCUAUGAUCAAAGAAUCAAGAACAGCCCUCCAAUGUGUGAUAAUGAUGACGAUGCAAAUGCUGCCUGGUAUGUGCCUCUGCAGGCAUGCAUGCACCGGGUACCUCGUUCUAAAUCUCAGAGAGGGGGUAAAUGGCCAGAGGAUUGGCCUGAAAGACUACAAAUACCUCCUUACUGGCUAAAGAGCUCUCAGAUGGGGAUCUAUGGUAAGCCAGCUCCUCAAGAUUUUGAAGCAGAUUAUGAACAUUGGAAACAUGUCGUCAGCAACUCAUACAUGAAGGGAUUGGGUAUCAGCUGGUCCAACGUCAGGAAUAUAAUGGAUAUGAGAGCCGUUUAUGGGGGGUUUGCAGCAGCUCUCAAGGAUCUUAAGGUCUGGGUGUUCAAUGUAGUGAACACAGACUCUCCAGAUACACUACCGAUAAUUUAUGAGAGAGGUCUUUUUGGGAUAUACCAUGAUUGGUGCGAAUCCUUCAGCACAUACCCUCGAACUUACGACCUCCUACAUGCUGAUCAUCUCUUCUCAAAGCUGAAAAAAAGGUGCCAGCUUGCUCCUGUAUUGGCAGAAGUUGAUAGAAUCGCAAGACCUGGAGGUAAACUGAUUGUUCGUGAUGAGUCAAGUGCAAUUGAGGAAGUGGAGAACUUGUUGAAGUCUCUGCAUUGGGAGGUUCAUCUAAUCUUCUCCAAGGACCAAGAAGGUUUACUCAGCGCACAAAAAGGUGAAUGGCGACCACAGACAUAUGCAGCUUUCACCUGAUCACGAAGAGAUACGACAUCUGGCUCAUAAUCGUGUGCUGCCCCUUCUGAACAGUUCAUUGACCUGCAAAUUGCAACUUACUGUAGCACUUUGCUUUCUUUGGAAUGUAAAGUCUUCUUCUAAAAUACAGCUAGGUAAAUGUAUUUGUUGUUGUCUUGUAAAACUUACAGUACAAGAAUCUCUGCGUAGAAUUAUAAUAGGCCAACAGGCGAAAUUUUGCACCAGAAA